AGCACAUUGUUUUUUUACAAAGAUAGGUGUUUUUAAGAUAGGUGCCUAUUAAACUUAUUUACACAUUUUGAAAUCGCCCAACAACUUCCUUCGCCAUGAUUGUUAACGAAAUAGACAACGCUGAAAACAAAUUUAGGGGAAAUCUACCAGCUUUCAGAGGAAUCGGUUCAGUAGUAAAGAAAAAAGUAAAACAAAAAAAUGGUAAGUAAUCCUAAGUUCAGGAUUAAGUUAGUUCGGUUAUAUAAGCUGUUUUCCAUUAUUACAGACAUCGACAACAUCGACAAAAUACAAGCUGAUGCUAAAAGACAAAAUGCAUUGGCCGAAAAAUGGAAAACAUUACAAAACCAAAAAUAUACUAUUGCUAAUGCGCUUAAGGUAAAUAUAUAGUCAUGAAGGUAUUAUAAAUUAAUAUGUUUUAGUAUUAUAUACAAAUAUUAUAUUGUUUAGUUGGAAUUAGUAUGGAUAGUUAAUAAAAAUAUAGGAACGAUUCUAGUUUAGUUCUUACGUGAUUUUUUGGAUUUUUUUUCAAAAUAAAUGUUUUUGUGUUUACAUUAAGAAUGUAAAAAAGGUGGAUGAACUUCGUUUAGAAGUUAUGGGAGAAAACUUUUUAAAGUUCGGGUAGGUUUCGAAAAUUUCUGUUUCGCAUAUUUUUUUGUUAAAAUUUAAAAUUUUCCAAAAUUUGUAUUUUUGGAUACUUUAUCCAUUAGUAUAAUCAAAACUUACCUAUCAUACUUUUAUAUGUUUUGUACAUAAACCUUAAAAAAUAACAUUUUUGGAGUUAAUCCAAAUUUGGUCAAAAAUAGACAUUUUUAUAUCAUUAUUAUUUGUAGUUAUUGAUAUUUUCAUACCAAAGUUUUUUUUAUUAAAGUCAGAAUAAGUCUAUCUGGCUUAGUUUUAGAGUUACAAACGUUUAAACACGCUGUGUUUCGCUUAACUCACUCGAACAAUUUUAAUCGGAAAUAAUCCUCGAUUUGUUGUGCCAAACCAUGUCGGGUAGGUAACAGGGUAAAUUGAGAAAGCAUUAUAAGUGGAACUAGAGAUCUAAUGUGGUCACUCUCUAGGGUUAUUUUCCAUUGAAAUUGUCCGAGUGAGCACAGCUAAAUACAGCACGUUUGAACGUUUGUAACUCUAAAAUUAAGCCAGAUAAACUUAUUCUGACUUCAAUAAAAAAAAAUUUGUUAUCAAAAUAUCAAUAACCACAAUUAAUAAUAAUGAAAAAAAUGUCUAUUUUUGACCACAUUUUGGAUUAAUUCCAAAAAAACUAUUUUUCAAAUUUAAUGUACAAAAACUAUUAAAGUAUGAUAAGUAAGUUUUGGUUACACCAAUAGAUUACGCAUUAAAAAUACACAUUUUGAAAAAAAAAAAUUUUUGAAAAUGUUAAAUUCUAAUUAAGAAAUACUCGAAAUGGAAAAUCCGAACUUCAUAAAGUUUUCCCCUAUAAAUUUCAAACGAAUUUCAUAUGACUUUUUUUUUACAUUCUUAAUUUAAACACAAAAACAUACAUUUUGAAAAAAAAAAAUCACGUAGGAGCUAAACUAGAAUUAUGCCAAAAUAUAUUUAUAAAAUAAUUAAUAUUAAUAUUAAUAUUAUGUAAACAUCUUGGUACAUUGAUAAAAAUGCAUACCUAUAUUAUUUUCCAAAAAUCUCCAUUGUUUCUGUUAAUACCUUUCCUCGCGUCUCACAUUACAGGCAUUCAAUUAUUUCCUCAGAAAAAUGAUUUAAAAUUAUAAAAUAGUAUACCUAACAUAUUAUUUUAUAAUAAAAAUUAAAGUAUUUUGACACUGAAAUUAAAAACUAAUUUUAAAUGUAAUUAUAUUAUUUUAUUUCUAUAGGGAGAAUCUUCAAACAAGAAAAUUAUAUUUGAUGAAUAUGGUGACCAACAAGAAUGCAAAGAAAGUGGUACAAAAUUAUCUAAAAAAAAAAUAUCACUGUUUGAUGAUGACGAUGCUAAUGAGCCUGAAAAUCAAGAGCUAGUGUCUGAUUAUAAAUUGAAAUUGCGGUUUGAGGGUGAAAAAGGCAAAAAGGUAACAAUAGUUUUGAAAUAUAAUUUAUAUUAUAUGCAAAUAAUAGUUUCAAAUAUUUCACCUACAAUAGAGAAUUUGAAUUUUAUAUUUAAAUUCAUACAAUAUAAAUUGUUUAAUGAUUUGUUUCUAAUAAUUUACCAUUUUAGUUGUUUCAUAUGCAAACGUCUAAAGCAACAGGAGAUGAUCGUUUUGUAAUGGAUCAACGAUUUUUUAAUGAUCAAGAACUAACUGAAAAAAUGAGUGAUGAUGAAAUAGAAAAGCAAAUGAAUAUUUUAGAAGACGUGGUUGGCCGAGCAGUUUCAAAACCUAGAAAAAAUAAUGAAGACCAAAUGUGAGGUUAUUAUUUGUAUUACCAAUAAAUCAUAAGAAUUAGACUUAAAAAGUUUCUCAGUAAAUAAUUUGUUUUUAUUGUAUUUUUGUAUAUUCUUUUUGAAGUGAUAUCUUCAAUUUUUGUUUCCUAUUAAUAAAUAUAAUCAUUACAAUUAAUACUUGGACUAGAAGAAGAAUCAUUAUUAAUAAUAUAUAUAUUAAAUUUCAUUAUAUUUGUUAUAUCUUAUUUUAGAUUUAAUAUGGUAAGAUACGAUCCAACACAAGAAGAACAUAAAAAAUAUGAACAAGACAAACAUGAAUUACCAAAACAAAAAAGGGUAUCAAAAAAACAAAAACAAAAAGUUCAACAGCAACAGUCAAAAGAACCAGUUAUUGAUACAGAUAAAUAUUAUAAAGUUGAAGAUAAAUUAAAAGAUGUAUUUAGUUCACAAUCUCAAUUUAGUUUAACCAAUUUGUUUCAUACAUCUGAUAAAAGUGAGUUGGUAUAUAAUUAGCAUUAGUAUUAUUUUCAAAAAUACAUGACAAUUGUUAAUUUUACUGUUUAGCAUGUGUAGAUUAAAAUGGUAGAAUAUAAAACAACAUUAAUUGAGUCUUUCAAUUUUUUAAUUUAAAAAAAUCACUUUAAUAGUUUAAUAAACCUUUUUAGUAAAUAAUAUGCAUUAAAAUACCUGUGAGAUAACAAUAGUUACAACAAUUUUCCAUAAAUUAAUCAAUAAUAAUAAUAAUAAUUUAAUAAAAAUAAAUUGCUUAAGCACUUUAACAAUUUCAGACUAUAAAAAUAACAUCAAUCUUAAAAAUAAAAAACUACACAAAUGUCAAGUAUGUAACCAUAAAUGUAAAUGAAUCUACCCCGUAUCUCCACUAGGUAUGAUAAAUUAUUAAUUAAUCAAUUUAUUAAUAAAAUGAAUCUGUCUUAAUCUAAGCUACAUUCUCUUCAAAUCCUUGUAUAUAUGUAUAUCCUUAGCAUUACUUUUAUCUAGUUAUUUAUAAUCAAUUAAUUAUUGAUUUAUUGAUAUUUAAGUGUACUUAUUAGUUUUGUAUUGCUAUUAUUACUAAACUAAAUAUUGUGUACAGAGUUACUAACCUUAUGGUGAUUCUAAUUCAGUAAAUUAAUUGAAAGUACCUACAAAUGGAUGAAAUAUUUAAAUUGUAUAGCUAAAUAUAUGUUGAAAUGUACGCCAGAACUGCAAUCAUUAUUCUCACUUUUAUAUUUCUACAUAAAACAAAAAAAAAAUCUUAAACUGUAAUAAAUUGUCUUUUAUUUGACAUUGAUUUUAACAAAAAAAUUAGUACACGUAGUAUUUUAGUUUUACUUAAAAACUCGCAUAUUAUUUCUAUGCAUCUCAAUAUAAGUAUAAAAUAUUAAUUGAUAAAUUGUUCUCACUCUUAAUAAAGAAAAAUUGUUGUAGCACCACUCUUAUGUAAGUUUUCGUGCAGUUUUCUCUUCUUUUAUCAUCUAUAAUUUUUUUAACCACAAUUUUUAGUAUAGUUAAUUGUUGUUUUUAUUAUUUUAGGUAGUGAUAAAUUAGAACAAGAUGACUAUGAAGCAGAGAAAAUGUCUAAUCCUCAAAAAAAAUUUGGUCAAAAUCCAUUUAUUGAUGAUUCCAGUGAUUCUGAAGAAGAAAAUAUUCAUGAAGACAAUGUAGACAAUUUUGAUGAUAAAGUAGCUUCAGAAAAAAUUUUAGGGUCCAGAGGUGUUUGGAGAGAAGUUUUUUUUUUUAAAGUAGAUGAUUCAAGAUUCAAAGGUACCAAUACAUAUAUUAUAGUAUUACAAUGUGUGUUCAACUGUAAAGGUAACACAAAAAUCUAGGCUAUAUGAUCUUGUAUUUUAUUUCGGGUUUUUUCAUUAAACAGAGGACAUUAAAGUACACAAAUUAUGAAAAAAAAAUGUAACUUAUUUAUUUGCGUAUACACAGUUAAAUCAAAUUUUCUUCAAUAGGAACUGCUAUUUUCGAAAAUUAAUUUUUAAUUUUUUCUAGGCAACUUUGAAAUAUAUAAUUGUUAGAACUGUCUAAUGUUUCAAAUUAAGUAGUUUGUAAUUAUUGAAUUUUUUGGAUGGAAGCUUGCCUUGAUAAUAAUAGCAAUAACUUUAAAUAGUUCAUUGAUUACUAAAUUAUCCAUAAUUUGAACAAUAAUUUAAUUUUAACAAAUAAAAACACUUUUAUUUACCAUUUUUAAUAAUAAUAUAAAUAGUCAAAACUGAUAGAAAAUUAAUUGUAAUACCUAUAUAUGUGUAUAUAAGAGUAAAAACUUAAAACUAGAAAAACAAUGAGAAAAAAAUGUUAUAAUUACGAACUACCUAAUCCAAAACUUUUGACUGUCCUAAAAAUGACAAUUUUAAAGUUAUAAAAAACUUUAAUGGUCAAAGUUACUUAAAAAAAAAAUAAAACUAUUUAAAUCCAAUCUUGAUAAAAAAGGUUUUUUGUAUAUUACAAGGUCCUCUUUCUAAUAAACAAAAUCCGAAUAAAAUACAAGAUUGUUUAGCUGAGAUAUUAUGUGUGACCUUCAAAGUUGAAGAUAAGGUAAAUUUAGGGUUGCCACUUCUCCGAGUUUCUCCCGUAUACUCUGGUUUUACAUAGAAAUCUACAGGCUACGGGUUCAGUAAAUUAUUCUCCAGGUCGUCGUAAAAAUUAUAACUAUUCAUAUAAUUGUGUAUAGUUUGUUCAUUAGUUACGAGAACCUACAUAGAUAUCUUUUACUGACAACCUUUUUUUUUCUUAUCAGCCUUUGGGUCUACCAUCUUUCAAUGUUUCAAAGGUGGCAACCUUAGGUAUAUUGUGGUUAGACACAUCACACAUAGUUAUAAUCUUGUCUAUAAUUAAAAACUGUAUUUCAUGUUUUCAAAAAAUUGUUUCAAGGUGAUAUUUGCUUUAUGAUUUAUAGAACGCAACCAUUCUUCUUUAAGCUGCCUCUUUAAUAAAUUUGUGAUACUGUAUUUUUAUACCAAAUAAAAAUUUGACGAUUAGAUUUAGUGUGUAUUACACAUUUCAAUAAUAUUGAGCAUUUCAUAAUUAUUUAUUAUUAUACUAAAUAUACUUAAUAUUAAUGCAUCAGUUAUACAAUUUUCUAACAGGCCAUUAAUUUUUUUUGUUUUGUUUUAGAUGCUGAAGAAUUUUAUAAUCCUGAAUAUAAUAAAAUUAAUUAUACUGGAAGUCAUGAUCCGAGGUUCGUGAAGAAAAGAAACAUUUUAAGAGAUUUUUUGAAAAACAAAGACAAAAGACAUAAACGGGAUAUAGGCAAAAAGAGAUUUAGUGGAAAACUUGGAGGCACUCACAGUAACCAGAAACACCAUAAAGUUACUCAAAGCAAAUCUGGACAUUUUAAAAAUAAAACUAAAGGGAAGCAUAUUAGAAAAUCAAAUAAAAUAAAUGAUUCUUAAUUUAUUAUAAAUUUCUUUAGAAUUGUAUUAGUAUA